AUGGAUUUCACGAAGGAAUUUGACAAAUGUAAUCAUGAAGUGACAAUUUUGGGACAUUGGGAAAUAACCCCUUUUGGGAAGAUGCUAGUACUGGAUGGGGCUAUCCCGUUUACUGAGAGGGAUGAGGCUUUUUUUUAAACCCAAAAAAAUGUUAAAAAUUUCCCGCCCAUCAACUCUCAUCCUAGACCUAAGAAGGUGCUCAUUGUUGGUGGAGGGGAUGGAGGAGUAGCCCGGGAGUUGGCCAAACACCCACUGGUAGAGGAGAUCGUCCAGUGUGAGAUUGAUGCUGAUGUGAUAGAAGCAUGCAAGACUUUCGUGCCAUCUCUGGGCUGUGGAUUCUCUAACCCUAAACUGGUGUUGCAUACUGGAGAUGGUGCAGAGUUCCUGGAGAAGACAGAAGAGAAGUUUGAUGUGAUAAUCACAGAUGCAUCAGAUCCUGUGGUCGGUGUUGAUGAAGAGAAUACUAAAGAUGGUCCUGCAGCCUCCCUCUUCAAUGAGGAUUAUUACUCACGGAUGAAGCACAAGUUAGCUGAUGGAGGAAUCCUCUGCUGCCAGGGGGAGAGCAUGUGGCUUCAUGCCAAGUUGAUUAGCCGCUUAGUCAAAAAUUGCCGCAAAAUCUUCCCUGUAGUGGAAUAUGCUUAUACAUGCACACCAACUUAUCCUUCAGGGCAGAUUGGCUUCAUUCUCUGCAGUAAAAAUCUUGCUACUAACUUUAGAGAGCCAGUGACUGUAUGGGAUGAUGAGAAGGCAAACGAGCUCUCACUUAAGUACUAUAAUGCUGAACUUCACCGAGCCUCAUUUGUGAUGCCCACUUUUAUGAAGAACACACUCAGAGAAGUCAGCUAGGAUAAGAUGAUCAAAAAACAUGGUAUCACUUUUUUAAUACUCGGGUGAUUCUUUAUACUUUUAAUGGUUUAACUCUUUAUGUGACUAAUAGUAUGGCAUGAGCAUCAUUGUUUACAUAAAUUUAUCUUUAGAACAUUUUACAGUCAAGUGGUUUAUGCAUAUAUCUAUAUAUUUAAAUGACUUAGUCUGCAUAUUAUUUAUGAGUGGUAUAGAAUUCAGAUGACAAAGUGCACACUGCUUGAUAAAGUUCUGUGAAUGUAGAUCUGUCCAAUUCUUGAACUUUAGUAUUAAAGCUCGAAUGUAUCUAUCUUGCUACGUACUUGGAUUAGAUUCCCAAUUAUUUGGGUGGAAUAAUGCAAUUCAAGUUAAACUAGACCAAUUUUUCAUUCAUUUGUCUUAAAGUAUGAAAUAAAUUUUCAAUAAUUUUAGUCGAAAGUUAAGACACAUGUGCAACAUCUGGAUAUCUUUAUUGUAGACGUUUCAUCAUCCAGUGGCUUUAUCAAUACAGAUUCUAGGACAUAAUUAGAAGACAGAACUGUAUACAAAAGAUGAGGUUCUUAGAGUUA